UUCCCGCCGCCGCCCGGCGCCUCACACUGGGGCUCGCUGCUGCGGCGGGGCGGUGACGGCGGCGGGGCGGCGGUGGGCGACGAGUACGAGCGGCGUUACAGCGGAGCCUUCCCGCCGCAGCUGCGGGCCCGGUUGCGCGACGCCGCCCGCGGUAUGUUCGUCUUCGGCUACGACAGCUACAUGCGGCACGCCUUCCCCAGGGACGAGCUCGACCCCCUCCACUGCCGCGGACGCGGACCCGACCGCCACGACCCCUCCAACCUCAACAUCAACGACGUGCUGGGAAACUACUCGCUGACGCUGAUCGACGCCCUGGACACGCUGGCGGUAAUGGGAAACUCCUCAGAAUUCCAGAAAGCAGUGAAGUUGGUGAUUGACACCGUUUCAUUUGAUAAAGACUCAACGGUCCAAGUUUUUGAGGCAACAAUCAGGGUUUUGGGAAGCCUGCUUUCUGCCCACAUAAUAAUUACAGAUACCAAACAGCCUUUUGGUGAUAUGACCAUUAAGGAUUACGACAAUGAACUGUUGCAUAUGGCUCGGGACCUAGCAGUGAGACUACUUCCAGCCUUUGAGAACACCAAAACUGGAAUUCCCUAUCCUCGGGUCAAUCUGAAGAACGGGGUACCCCCAGACAGCAAUAAUGAAACUUGUACUGCGGGAGCCGGUUCCUUGCUGGUGGAGUUUGGUAUCCUUAGCAGGCUGCUUGGUGAUUCCACAUUUGAAUGGGUAGCCAGGAGAGCUGUCAAAGCACUCUGGAGUCUCAGGAGCAAUAACACUGGACUGCUAGGAAAUGUUGUGAAUAUUCAAACUGGCCAUUGGGUUGGAAAGCAAAGCGGCUUGGGAGCAGGGUCAGAUUCAUUCUAUGAAUACCUUCUGAAGUCUUACAUCCUCUUUGGAGAAAAGGAAGAUUUGGAGAUGUUCAAUGAUGCUUAUCGGAACAUUCAGAACCACUUAAGAAGAGGUCGAGAAGCUUGCAAUGAAGGUGAAGGUGACCCUCCUUUGUACGUUAAUGUAAACAUGUUCACAGGACAGCUGAUGAACACUUGGAUUGACUCUCUGCAAGCUUUUUUUCCUGGACUACAGGUAUUGAUAGGAGAUGUGGAAGAUGCUAUUUGUCUCCAUGCUUUUUAUUAUGCCAUAUGGAAACGAUACGGAGCUCUCCCAGAAAGAUACAACUGGCAAUUGCAAGCACCGGAUGUUCCCUUUUAUCCACUGAGGCCAGAAUUAGUGGAGUCCACAUAUCUUCUUUAUCAGGCCACAAAGAACCCAUUUUACCUUCAUGUGGGAAUGGAUAUUCUGCAGAGUUUGGAAAAAUACACAAAAGCAAAGUGUGGUUAUGCCACGUUGCACCACGUUGUAGAGAAGACAAAGGAAGAUCGAAUGGAGAGCUUUUUUCUCAGUGAAACAUGUAAAUAUUUGUACCUGUUGUUUGAUGAAGAGAAUCCAGUGCAUAAAUCUGGAAAUAAGUAUAUGUUUACUACUGAGGGGCAUAUCGUGUCUGUGGAUGAACGGUUUCGUAACUCACUGUGGCAAGACAUCCUCCCUGGAGAAGAGGACAGCGCAGAAAAAAUUAAACCUAAUGAAUUAAAGGCAGUCAACUUCAGCUCUAAUUGUAACAGAGUUCCUGAUGAGAGGAGAUACUUACUGCCAUUGAAGAGUAACUACAUGAGACAGAUUGAUCGAAUGGUGGGCUUGAUCUGAAUGGUUCUUCAGAGUAACUUUUAUUGUAUGUCAGGAGGAGCAUGGAAUUUGGCUGUAGACAUUCCCCUCCUCUUCAGCUACACGCCUGCAUAUGCUGAGUCACUUGGGUAUCCCCCAUGCUUGUUAGUUUUCAAUUAUGGACACGAAGGGAGAUCAAGUGCUCUUAGGAGUUCUGUCUUCGGAACUGUGGUAACUCCAUGUGCCACCUGAACAGAGAUUUCUUGUUUUAGGACUUCCUAUGAAAAAUGUUGUUGCAAAUGAAGGCUGAAUAUACUU